GCAAAUGUAGGCAUGCGCAGUGCUUGCCGGGUUCUUCUGGCCUUCCUCUGCUGUGCCUUGCCUGCGUUCGCUCCGGUCCGGCGGCGGCGUCUAGAAGAGGGUCGCGCGGGGGAAACGUCGCCUCGUGCCAGCUCGCUGGCCGGGAGCGGGCUGAAGGUCGUGGCAGAGAGGCGGCUGGCCCCCAUUGCCGCGAGGGUUGCUUCGGUUGCCUCGUUCUCAGUAAGCAGAAAGAAGAAGCAUCCAAGAGAAUGGCAGCUUUAAACUGGAAACCCUUUGUUUAUGGAGGCCUCGCUUCAGUCACUGCAGAAUGCGGUACAUUUCCAAUUGAUCUGACAAAAACACGUCUGCAAGUACAAGGUCAGAAAAAUGAUGUAAAGCAUAAGGAGAUCCGUUACCGUGGAAUGCUACAUGCACUAGUGAAGAUAUUCAGGGAAGAAGGACUAAAAGCCUUGUACUCUGGAAUUGCCCCUGCUAUGCUACGCCAGGCUUCGUAUGGGACCAUAAAAAUAGGCACUUACCAAAGCCUAAAAAGAAUGUUCAUUGAACGGCCAGAAGAUGAAACCCUGGCGGUAAAUGUGUUGUGUGGAAUUCUUUCUGGUGUCAUUUCAUCAUGUAUUGCCAAUCCUACAGAUGUUCUGAAGAUCAGAAUGCAAGCCCAAGGCAGUGUGAUACAAGGGGGAAUGAUCGGCAACUUCGUGCGCAUCUAUCAAAAUGAAGGCACCAAGGGAUUGUGGAAGGGAGUGGGUCUUACUGCUCAGAGAGCUGCUAUUGUUGUUGGAGUGGAGCUGCCAGUCUAUGAUCUUGCCAAGAAGCACAUAAUAAUGUCUGGAUUUAUGGGAGAUACAGUGUGUACACAUUUUCUAGCAAGUUUUACCUGCGGCUUAGCUGGAGCUCUUGCAUCUAAUCCCAUUGAUGUUGUAAGAACUCGGAUGAUGAAUCAGAGCAUCUUGCAAAGUGGAUCACAGUAUGGCUACAAGAGUACUUUAGACUGCUUUUUUCAGACAUGGAAGCAUGAAGGAUUUUUUGCAUUGUAUAAAGGAUUCUGGCCAAACUGGUUGAGACUUGGUCCUUGGAAUAUUAUUUUCUUCGUUACAUAUGAACAGCUGAAGAACCUGGAGUUCUGACUGACUGAACACUGAAAGGUUUCAGUCCUCUUGGUGAAGCUGCUCUUCCAUGCAUCAUCCUAUGGUAGACAGCAGGCCUGACUUAACGGAAGUGUCAGUGGAAAGAUGUUAAAAUGUUUCGAAUGUUGUGGAGCUGAAACAAAGUUUAGUAGACAUCAGAAUAAUAAUUUUAAAUGUUUUUGAGCAUCCUAAAUAAUAACAUCAUUUAGGUGGGAGGGAACAUUCCUGCUUAAAACAAAGGAUAAAACUGAAUUUCCUGCUUCUUAAAAUGUGAUUAGCUAUGUACUUUUGAGAAGUGUUGCUUUCACACCAGUGGAUGCACUGUGGUUUAAAACACACUUCUAAAAGUAUGCUUCUGUUUAGUGCAGGAUUUCACACAUCAUGGUCACAACUUUGAAACAUACUAGUGAUUUGUAUAGUGUUUUAGGAUUGAAAAUCCCCUUUUUUUAAAAAAAAACUGUUACUACACCUCGAGUUGUUACUACUCAGGAUUUCAGUCUUCUGUGAGACAGUACUAUUAAACAGUGUUCAGAAACAAGAACCAUGAAACAAUCUAGAAUUGAACAUUUGUAUUGGGACUUGUAUUGUACUCAUAUUGUAGCCUCAAACCUUGGUUUGGAAACAUUCCAAAAAAAAUUGGUUCAGCCAUAUAUUUUAUGAGAUCACAGCUGUUUGGAAUGCUGCAAAUCAAGUAAUUUAACAAGCAAUAAGGUAAGAUAAGAUAGCAUGUAAGUCCGUGUUUAGUUCCUCUAUUUGUGCCAAAACUACAGGUUUGCAUUUUCAAAGAGUGAGAGAUUUCAGGAAUUCCUAUCUGCAAGGCACGUAGUUUAGUUAGAUAUAGAAGAUUAUUAGUUACAUCAUUAUAAUGACUUUCAGCAGGACUUACAGUGGCAGAUGGCCAUGAGGAAACUUCAGCCAAGCUUUGUCUUCUCAGCAUAUGUGUGUGCAUGAGGUCCUUAUAUGUAAGUCAGAUUUUCAUAUUCUGAUUCCAUCAUAAAAUGCUUUCUAUGCAUUCAUGUCUGAGAUGGCACUGAGAUCUCAGGGACGUUCAGAUAAAAAUUGUUUUUCACACAAUAAUUGUCUGUUGUAGGUGAGCCUUUUUUCACUGGCUAUGAUUAGGGAUUCCUUCAGGCUUUCAAGAAAGAAGAUGCCAUCAUAGAGGGUUCUUUGAGAAGACAUUGAUAAUAGUAGACUUGAGAUUUACAAGAUAGGUGAUAUGAACCAUAACAUAUAAAACAUGUAUGCUGUUACAUACAAAAGUACAACAGAGCUGACCCUCCAUGUCAUCUAAGUCUAUGUACAUACCGGGUUGCAUUGCUAAAAUGGAAGUUAGUAGCAUUUCCUGAAAAGUUGGCUUUGGAGUAGAUGAAUAUAAGAAUCUAUUUGUGGAUAGGAAGUGGCAAUACAUGGCUGUAUGUACAAAUGUCUCGUUAAAGCAGUAAUUCAUAUUAGUAAUAACACAUUCCACUUAAACCAGCGAUCAAUUUGAUAGCAUUUCACUUUUAUAUUCAGUGUUGUUAAAGAUGCACAGAUGCACAAGCCACUUUUUACACUGAUACUAAUGAAUGUCUCUUUUUUAAUGCUUUAAGGUUAUAGUUCAUAGGGUACGAUGUUUCCGUAUACAUAUUUAUAAUCUUUGAUAAUCAUU